AUGAAUACUCGUGUUGUCAAUCGAGUUCGUCCAACGAUGUCGAUGAGCUCGGCUCAUUAUUAUCCGAAUCGAUCACCACUUCAAGCAUGUCCAUUUCAAAGACUUCCACCUGGUUCGAUUCGUCCUGAAGGUUGGUUAAAAAUACAAUUAAAUAUGCAAUUGACAGGUCUCAAUGGACGAUUACCAGAUAUAUCUGAUUAUUUAAUCUAUGAUCAAUGUGGUUGGAUAGAUCCAAAAAAAUUAGCUUGGGAAGAAAUGCCCUAUUGGUUGCGAGGCUUUGCUGAUCUUGCUUUUGUAACAGGUGACUUUGAUGCUUUGAAAUUAGUGCAACAUUGGAUCGAUGGUAUUCUAAAUAGUCAACAAUCAGAUGGUUGGUUUGGACCAAAUAUUCUUCGACAUUCACUUGAAGGUAAACCUGACUUAUGGCCUGCUAUGCUAUUAAUAAAUGUCUUACGAUCAUAUUAUGAAUAUUCAAAUGAUAAUCGUGUUAUUCAAUUUCUUCUUAAAUAUUUUCAAUUUAUUAACAAUCAAUUAAAUGAAGUAUUUAAACACGGGUGGGCUUAUACUCGAUGGUCAGAUAAUAUUGAUUCAAUUAUUUGGUUAUUUAAUCGAACAAAUGAUACUGAUUGGUUACUUGAUCUUAUUCAUAAGAUUCAUUCAAAUGCAGCUAAUUGGAUGGACGGUCUUCCAACAAGACAUAAUGUUAAUAUUGCACAAGGAUUUCGUGAACCAGCUCUGUAUUCAUGUGUUGUUAAUCCUAGUGAUCCGCGUUUUAUUCAAGCUACUUAUAACAAUUAUGAACAAGUCAUGAAUGAAUUUGGACAAUUUCCUGGUGGAGGUUUUGCUGGUGAUGAAAAUUGUCGUCAAGGUUUUUCUGAUCCACGACAAGGUUUUGAAACAUGUGGUAUUGUUGAAUUUAUGCAUAGUUUUGCAAUACUUACUCGUUUGACUGGUGAUGGAAAAUGGGCUGAUCAAUGUGAAAUAUUAGCAUUUAAUUCUUUACCAGCUGCACUUGAUCCAUUUUUAGCUCGUUCUACUCAUUAUAUAACAUGUCCAAAUUCAAUUCAAUUGGAUAAUAAAUUAAAAACGAAAGGACAAUUUCAAAAUAUUUUUCCAAUGUUAGCCUUUAUGCCUGGUGUUUAUCUUUAUCGUUGUUGUGCGCAUAAUUACGGGUAUGGAUGGCCUUAUUAUUCGGAAGAACUAUGGUUAGCCACAUGGGAUAAUGGUUUAUGUGCAUUGAUGUAUGCUGCAUCUCAAGUAACAGCUUUAGUAGGUCCAAAUAAUGGAAUUCCAGUUACUAUUAUUGAAGACACUGAAUAUCCAUUUGAUGAUACAAUUCAUUUUCGUUUUCAAUUAUCAAUACCAACACAAUUUAAUUUUUAUUUACGCACUCCCCAAUGGUGUCAACAAUCGAUUCAGCUUUCAAUUAAUGGAAAAACUAUUUUUCAUGAACAAAUUUCAAAAGAAAAUUCUUUUCUAGUUUUAGAUCGAGUCUGGACUAACGAUGAUAUCCUUACAUUCAAAAUACCAAUGACAGUUCAAAUGAAAACUUGGUUCAAAAAUCAUAAUUCAGUUUCACUUUCCUAUGGACCUCUUUCAUUUUCAUUAGAUAUUGAUGAACAAUGGAAUCGUAUUGGUGGUCACUAUGAUUGGCCAGAAUAUGAAGUAUUACCUAAAUCACAUUGGAAUUAUGGUUUAAUUUUAACAAAUGAUGAUCAUGACUUAAUUAUUCAACGUCGAAAGAAAACAAAUGAUCAUCUUAAUCCAUUUACUCGUACAAAUGUACCUUUACAACUUCAAGUUCGUGCUCGACGGAUUCCGACUUGGAAAGCAGAUGAUCAAAAUGUAGUUGGACUUUUACCCCAAUCUCCAGUUACAAGUUCCGAACCUGAUGAAUUGAUUAAACUUAUACCGAUGGGUGCAGCUCGUCUUCGUAUCACAGCUUUUCCUACAAUCUCUCAAUAA